AGACUCCAGACAGGUAUGCGAGGUGCCUUUGGAAAGCCCCAGGGCACAGUGGCCAGGGUCCACAUUGGCCAGGUCAUAAUGUCCAUCCGCACCAAGCUGCAGAACAAGGAACAUGUGAUUGAAGCCCUCCGACGGGCCAAGUUCAAGUUCCCUGGCCGCCAGAAGAUCUACAUCUCUAAGAAGUGGGGAUUUACCAAAUUCAACGCGGAUGAAUUUGAGAACAUGGUGGCAGAAAAGCGACUCAUCCCUGAUGGCUGUGGGGUCAAAUACAUCCCUAAUCGUGGUCCCCUGGCAAAUGGCGGGUCCUGCACUCAUGAGCAUCAGCGCUGUCCCCUCCUUAAUCAUGCUCACCAAUAAAUGCUAUUUCCUGUCAAAAAAAAAAAAAAAAA